CAACAACAACACGCGGCCUGAAGAUGGAAGAAAAAGAAGACGUUCUCGAGCCACACGGAACGAAUCUGUGGAAGAAGAAGCAGCAGCAGCCCAGAGGCCUUUGAGGCAGCCGCAGCGAACCAUACCAAACUGCUAUGCGGCAACGGAAAGGAUUUUACAACCCGUACGAUCCGUUCGAAUUUGAGCACAACGAACUGGACGAGCAUAGCGACUCGACCGACGCGCAGGCAGUUGCUGAACAAGGCCUUCACGCGGAGGAAGCCAAGGUUGAUGAGCACACCACCACUAAUGUACCCGAACCAAAGAAGCAACAGGGGCACGUCACCAGUUCCACGAACAGGCUUAUUGGAACGGUAUGCUGCGUUCUAUUACUCGUCGCAGUUACGUUUACUCUCUUCAGCCUUUUCCCGCCGGAACACGAGGACAUGGCCACAGAGGAGUUGCUGGUGGAGGCGAAUCAACCCGUCAGCACCGUGCCACCCACCUCCAUUUUCCUGGGAACGACGACGUCCAUUAGCACAGAGGGCACAGACACCCCCACUCCAGAGACUCCUCCAGGACGUAUGUCCCCAGUCAACCAUUUGAGCACAAAUAUUGCUGCGCUGGCUCCACUACCAGAGUGCGAAUUGGGAAUUGAUGUUGACUACAGCGACCCGCGCUACGACAACCGCCACCAUUAUCUUUGUUUCUUCAACGCGUCCAGAGAAGGAUUUGCCAUGUUCCAGAGCAAGUACGGUAUCUGCGCGUUCCCGUACAUGCUCUGCCACGUGGUGCUAUACUGCUGCUACUCUCUGAACGAUGCCAUGGAACUUGUCCCCUCAGCCCCCCGACGUACACCCAUUGACAGCGUACGGCAGAUGGCUCGUUUCAAGAGACGAAACCGUUUUCUAUCCGUCUACAUGGCCUUACGAGCUCCAAGCGAGGUCUUCACUCGCAUCCUGGGUAAUGUUCGCAACGAGCAGUCCAAUUUAACCGACAACAUACAGCGGUGGGCAAUUAAGAACGAAUACGACGGUGUUCACAUUUGGUGGGAAUUUCCACAACCUGGACAGUCGGAUGCACUGGUGGAGAUGAUGCAUAGAAUGUCGAAGCAUCUAGAUAACAGGGACUUGACUAUUGGUCUGCUAGUACCAUACGAGCUGAACCUACGCGAGGGCUUCAACGUUGAUCGCCUCGUUAGAGUACUGCACCGGAGACAUUCUCUGGUGUUUUACUUCGCCGACCUGAGGCUUCCGCAACCACCUUCUCCGUUGCGUUGGUAUUUUUCUCCUGACGCUAAUAUCACGGAAGCGAUGAAUAUAACAGAACGCGGCAGUUCCAUCAUUCCUUCGAGCUGGGCUUUGAAGAUGUGCUUCCUAUAUCCCGGACUGAGCUUGUCCUACGAGGUGGAUUGCAGCAAUUCGACAAGCAGCACCAUGCCGUUUAUCAAGGGCCCAGGUGUGCAGAGAAAAUAUUCCGCUGAAUCGGGCACCUUAUCUCUGUCAGAAGUGUGUGCUGAAGUUGAACCAUCUUGGAAAAUCAUAGAUGCAGUCGAUCAUGUUCAGGCUUGCAAAGGCAUGCGUGGCCUGGCCUAUCUCACUCCUGAUACAGUUGGCAACCUUGUGGCAAACCUGUAUCAAAGUCUGGGCUGCUUCUGCGUCGGUAAUAUGCACCCGGAGUUCGACGACUUUGCUGAACAGUGCCGCUUCAAUGCCGUGCCCGGUCCGUACCCACUGCUCCAGGGCGGCUUCCGCUUCUACAAAGAUCAUCAAAGAGCAACGAAACUCUAAGUUAUUAACGGCCGAUAUCUAUGGACAGGGGUAUCGCCCCCCUUACGUAUGCAAUGCUUAUUAUUAAACGUCGAGAUACAUGCGCAGAAUAUUAGGUUUUCGUUUAUGUAACUCGCAAUGUUUCUGCUUCGCCGGAAUAUUUUGGAACCCGCACUGCCAGAUGCGACGGUUUCUAUUAGUGGCUAUCACAAGUGGCUAUAUAAAUUAGCCGACUCGAUACUUUGAAGAACUUGG